AUGUCAGGGAACACGGGCGGUCAUUCCGACGCAUUUCCUGUCUCUGUCUCGUCCCUUCAUUUCCCCUCCGCAGCACAAUCCGUUUCUCAGACUUUGUCGUCGCUGCGACGGUCAGCACUGUCCAUCUCCAACCGACUUCGUUCAAUUGAGUCCGAUGCCGCCUUCGUUGCGGAGGUUGCCGAGCACUACGGCUUGCCUCUAGUCGCCAACGAAAGAUGCGGGAGUUGGUAUAUUUCGCCGGACAUCAAAGCUGGUAGUGCCUACUUUAAGAGCACGGACGGCCAUACUGGCGCAGUGAUGCCCGACGCCUUGUCGAAGACUGUUCCAAUAUGGUGCGCCGUCAUGAAUCGAGCACUUUUCCCUUCCGAUGCUGCAUAUCACGCAGUACAGCUUCCGCCGAAUUAUCUAGGCGCCUCGGAGGAAUCGCAGAUUGAACACCGGAUUGAUGGUUUCGUAAAAUCGCUCAAGGAUCUCAAACUUGAUCUGGAUGAUCUCAGGCAACAACUUAGAAAGCCCAUUCGGGUGGCGUGGGCCAAUCGGUCUUAUUUUCAUCCUACCGAUCUGCAGAAAGAACCCGACUAUAACCUUUUCGUUCUCUGUUCUGCGUCUAAACGAGUUCAUGGAGCGGAAAUUUCAGAGGGUGGCUACAUUCAAGGCGCAGGGGAUGACAGCGAGGGCUGGGCCCAGGGGUUGACUCCGCCAGUCUUCUGGGCCAACAAAGCGACUCUCCUGAAGACGCCCGAGGAGGCUUUGCCCGAACUGAUCGAAGAACUGGUGAAAGAGCAUCGAGGUCAGGACACCGGUGAACAAGCCACACUGGUUGUGCCUACUCGAAAUCUAUAUAUCAGUCAAACGAACGUCCGUCUCAACGACAGUGGUCUCUAUGACCUCGUUAUUGAUUGCAAUGCUAGACCGGAGGCAUCAGAAGGAGACCCAAAGCGGCUCAACCUUGGAUGUAGGUCGUCAAAACUGGGAAGCCGCGACUUGAGACAAGAGCUCGAUAAAGUUCGCGCUUUUGUCAGUUCCCAACUCGCCUCCGAUCCCUCCCAGUCACUACUUGUUACGUGUGAAACUGGUAAAGAUCUGUCCGCCGGCGCUCUCCUAGCUAUCGUAUGUCUGUUCUACAAUGAUGAUGGAGCUUUCACAACAUCGCCGGCGAAGCGAUCAAUAGACAAGCAAUUCAUACGGCAACGUCUUGCAUGGAUCGUGUCAUCAAAACAUGAUGUGAACCCGUCGCGCCCUACGCUUCAAUCAGUCAAUGCAUUUCUGAUGGAACGACCGGAUUAUUAA